CUUCCGUGGGUGGUUUGGAUAAAUAGAGCUCAGAUCCAGCCAGAAAAGUAUAGACAGCAGGGGCUGUGUGUGGACAAGGAAUGCAAAAGGAACUUGGGGAAGAUCAGGCUGUCCAUCCCAAGAGCUCCUCCUUUCUUUAUGCAGUUCUUCCUGGGACAUCAGAACCCCACACCUCACUUCUUAUCUUCCUGAACAUCCUGAGUCUGAAUUCCAGUUUUAGAUCAUUCUGAGGAACUGCCCUUGCUGGAGUGCAAAGACCUUUUCUAAGAGGAGAACCUGCACAGAGGAGCCAUUACCAUCAGGUCAAGGUCACCACUGCUGAGCUUCUACUGAUCAGAGCCAUGGCCUGGGCCUCCAGCUUUGAUGAAUUCUUUAAGAAUUUUAAGAGGGAAAGCAAACUCCUCUCUGAGGAAACCAUCACCUUGAUUAAAUUCCACAUUGAGCAAAAUGACCUCCAGGAAGCACUGUCUGUAAUCGACAAUGCACUGAGAGACAUCGAGAAUGCCCCCCUGAACAUUGCUGUGACAGGGGAGACAGGGGCAGGGAAGUCCACAUUCAUCAAUGCCCUGAGGGGGAUUGGGCAGGAAGAAGAAGGUGCAGCCGCCACUGGAGUGAGAGAGACAACCAUGGAGAGAAAGCAAUAUGACCACCCCAAGUUUCCCCAGGUAAAAAUAUGGGACCUGCCUGGCAUUGGGUCCACUAACUUCCCACCACAAAACUACCUAACAAAAAUGAAGUUUUCUGAAUAUGAUUUCUUCAUUAUCAUCUCUGCUACACGCUUCAAAGAAAAUGAUGCACAACUAGCCAAAGCCAUCAAAGAGAUGAAGAUGAAUUUCUACUUUGUCCGAACCAAGACAGAUAAUGACUUAUAUAAUGAACAGAAGAGUAAACCUAAGACUUUCAAUAAGGAGAAUGUCCUGAUGAACAUCCGAGAAGACUGUUCAAAACAUCUCCAGGAGGUUCUCUCCAGUGAACCUCCAGUCUUCUUAGUCUCUAACUUGGAAAGGUCUGGCUAUGACUUCCCAAAGCUGGAAAUGAAACUCCUAAGGGAGCUCCCGGCCCACAAGCGCCACAUCUUCAUGCUGUCCUUGCACAGUGUUACUGAGGACACCAUUAACCUCAAGAGAGAUUCCUUGAAGCAGAAAGUCUACCUAGAGGCCGUGAAGGCUGGAGCAUUGGCCACCAUUCCACUUGGUGGCAUGAUCAGGGAUGAUAUAGAGAAUCUGGAUGAAACAUUCAAACUCUACAGGUCUUACUUUGGGCUGGAUGAUGCCUCGUUGGAAAAGAUAGCUGAAGAUUUUGACAUGUCUGUGAAUGAAUUCAAGGUGCACCUUCAGUUUCCCCAUUUGUUUGCAGAAAACAAGGAUGUGCCCUUAGGAGAUAGACUAGUGAAAUAUAUCAAACACAUUUCCUCCGUUACUGGUGGACCAGUUGCUACCUGCAUUUACUACAGAAAGACUUACUAUUUGCAGAAUCUCUUUCUGGACACUGCUGCAAAUGACGCCAUAGCUCUUCUUAAUAAGGAAGCUCUUUUUGAAAAGAAGGUGGGACCAUAUAUAUCUAAGCCCCCCGAUUACUGGGAGUGAUGGGAAAAUGAGGCACAAGCUCCAAUCAGUGUUCACUUUUUGCCUUGCAUGGACACUGACCCAUAACAUUUUCGAGAGUAACAAACCUUGUCUGUGGAGCACCAGACCAUUCAUCCCUUUCCUCUCCUGGAGCCAGAAGCCCAUUGUGUCAAGAGUUCAACUGUGCUGUAGUAGAAGAAGAAUCACCAACACGGUGUGAAUGCAUGAGAAAACCUCAUUUCCACUGAAGUCAUAUGUAAAUAACACAUGAAAAUAUGGAUUUGAUUUGUAAUCCUGUUAUGAAAUGAACCCUAGAUCUUUAGCCCCUGUGAAAGUCUUCCCCCUCUUCUGUAUUCUCACACUGCUUUGAGGGUUCUGACACAGCAGCAUCUGGUGCCCAACGUUCAUAGAUGAACACACCUCUUUAAGAGGUGUGACCCAACAUUUAUAGACAAACACACCUCCUUAAGAGGUGUGAGCCCAAUAUUUAUAGACAAACACACCUCCUUAAGAGGCGUGAGCCCCAUAACAGGUGGGGACUAUGACCAUUAGUCAAGUUCCAUCCCAGAGGAGCUUGGUUAAAAAAAAAAAAAAUAGAAGAGUAAACAUACCUAUAGAUCCACUUGGUCCAUACAAAUAAAGAUAUCUAUUUCAUGCCCUUCAAGGCAAGUCUGAGUGAACUGGAAAUUCAUACCAUGUGAAUGGCAACUGAAACUCUUCAUUUGACCUAGUGGCAUUAGGAGCCUUGAUAUGUCUGUCACCCAGUAUACCCUUUUGUCCAAUCAGCCCUGCCCACAAAUGUUCAUUGUAAUGAGACAUUGGUCCAGUUCAAGGCCUCAGGCAAACCAUGAUCAUGACACCCUCACAGAAACUCCAAUUGGUUAUCCUGUUGUUGCCCCAAGACCUGGAGAACCUGUGGCUACUGUUCUGCAGGCUCAGUCCCUUCACAUGCUCCAAUGGGUCACAGACAGAGUAGAUGAUAGGGUAGGCCGACCUAAGGCCAGUAUCUGCGUCUGGAUAGUAGUUGUGCCAUUUAGUCCCAGCUGCUGGGAUCAUCCCCUUCAAUAGAGGUGUGGAGUCGGCUCUCCAAGAAUGUGUCAUUGGGACUAGCUCUCCCAUGGCCAUGGUGUGGGGUGGUGCCAUCUCCCCUGAGGCCAGCUCUUCCAUGAGGAGUGGUCCAGCUCUCCUGCUGCAUUGUCCAGCAAGGGGCAGGCCCAGUGAUAGGAGGGACUGGCUCAGCAAGGUCCUUGGAUUUCAACACUGCUGGAUCCUACAAUGCCCUAUGAUAACACAGGUCAUUGACAUCAACACACACCCCAGCUUCAGCAGGAACAUGGGCCCAUACAUGGCCCUCGGCAGCACCCUGGGCCCUGAUGUCAGCAUGGCCCCAGCAGAAGCACAGGUUACCCAGAUCAAUAUGGUUCCCCACGGCAGCAUGGCCCUUGGACAGCAACAUGGUCUCAGGUGACAGACCACCCCAAGCAUCUGUACAGUCCUCGGUAGUAACAGGAGCCACAGACAUCAACUUAGUUGCUGGCUGCUAUAGGGCCAUGGAACCAGACAUGGCCUCAUCAGCAGCCUAGGAAACACCAUAGCCACUCAGAUUGGCAUGUCUCAGGGGCUGGCAGGGCUCUCAGACCCUCAUAUGGCCACUGGUUGAGGACUAGACCCUGGGCAUCUCUGUGGCUUUUGGUGGCAAUAUGGGUCAUGGAUGUCAACACAGACCCUAGCUGGGGUAGACCCCAGAUGCAGACAUGACCCUAGGCAGCAGCUCUUCCCAUAUGUCACCCUGGUCCUGGGUGACAAUAAGGCCACCCAUAUCAAUGUGAUCUUGACUGCCUUCCCUUCUUCAAAUUAGCCUCUUUGCACAGCACCUGGACUAUUCUGCUUCUCUCUGUCUCUCAAUUCUCCACAAUAGAUUUGCUCAUCAUAAUGGCAUGGACAAGCCCAGUACCUUCAGCCAGACUAGGGUAUGAGGACCCAGGAUGGCCUGUAGUGUUUUGGGCUUUGCCCAGUGAAUGCCAUUAGCCAUCCUGGGUUGUGGAAGAACAAUCUUAAUGUGAGGCAGGACCCUCUUCUCAAGGCAGGGGAUUCUGGACUGCCUGAAGUGGGUAAGGAUAGUUGAACAUGAAUGCUUUACACCGCUCUCUUUUUCCUAUGUUUGCCAUGGGACCAGCUCUCUCAAGCCUCUACUGCUGUGAUUUGCCCACUGUGGUGCAGUAUAACCUUGAACAGUGACUGAAAGAAACCCUUUCUGCCUUAAAUUUCUAUUGACAGGGUAUUUUGUCACAACAGAAAAGAAAUUCAGA